CCCUAGCCGCCACAACCUUUCUCCCUCUCCUCCUUUCAGCCGACGCACACAGCCACUUCUCGCUGUUCACAAGCGCAUGGAGCAGCUGCGGCUCCACCUCCCUGCUCCUCUCUCCGUGGUGACGUCCAGCACCUUUCCAUGGACGCCUCCCUCCCCAAGCUCCAAGGCGCACAGGGCAGCAGCACCUUCAUUCCCCAUGGAUCCAUGGUGCUGGGAGUUUUUUCCCCAUUGCUAGAAUUUGUUGCAGCCUUCCCAUGCACAGGUUCCAGCCAUGGCCGACCUCCUUUCUUCCUCCCUAUUCCCGGCAGUAGCACGCCAGCACAGGGACAACGACUUCCAUGGCCGGCGCCCCAAGCUCCAGCCCCUCCCUGCGAGCUCCCUCCUCCCGCUGCUCGGUACCCUGAGCUCCUGCUCUUCUCCCAUGGAGGGCGUCCAGAAAUUUUUCCAGCGCCUUCACUAUUCAUCUUCCUCCCAGCAGGCCCAGCUUGCUGUUCCCCUGCUCCAUGGCACCCCUGCAAUAUUCCCCUUCCUCCCCCUCGGCUCCCCCAUCCGGGCACCCAAGCAGCGCCUUUCCUUGCCCCUCUCUGUCCCCAGCGACAAGCAGCGGCACUCCCUCCCAAGGACAGCGCCCCUAUUUCCCUCUCUCGGCAGCGCAGCUCCUCGCAACCGAGCUUCCCCCGCAGCCCCUCAACAUCGACGUGUCAUAGGUGUUCGACGGAAUGCUCGUGGGAAAUAUUAUGUUGUACGCAGCAGCCCCGACGUCUUCGCGCGCUGUCGGCUCGCUGUUGCGUGAAGCCCAGUGGACAGCACGUCGUCGACGUUCACCGGUGGGUUGCUGUUUUUGCGCAGCCCCAAUGUCAUCGUCGUUCACCCCCGGAGGGGCACCCCGUGUUUUGCGAGGAGAAGGCAAGCCGCUCAACACUCGUCGGAUGUUCGGAGCGAUGCACAAAUCGGAAUCGUCAUCGUCCUUACAAACACCGAUUGGGUUUGUUUAUGGACCGAGAGAUGAUGAUCGUGCAAGUGAAGUGGUGCCAACCACAAGAAGCAGUUGGUGGACGACCUGAACAAUGAUGGACUUAACCAGUGGAUGCUCGCCAAGCGAGUACCUCCCCAAGCAAACACUAUCUAAGUGUUAAACUAAAG